GCAAAUUAGAGGCUGGGUUGAAACAGAGUUCCUCGCUGGCCCUCGGCUCUCCCCUCUUGGCCUCUCCCCUGCCAGCCCGCAGCCCGGAUUUCGUCCCUGGGGCCUCCCUAGCGUAACCCAGUCGUCUCCCCGCCGGAGUACUCACGCUGCUGUCUCCCAGCGCCAAUGUCCAAAGACCUUUGAAAUUUGACCUCCUCCCUCCUUAAUGUUUGAGUAACUUUAAGUUAUCCUUUCUACCAACAAGUCCUCUGGCUAUUCUGCAAAAUCACGACGCACGAACGCCGUAUACCCUGCGGUGGCUGGGCUGUACAUUCUGUUAUGCUUGAUGAGAUCUUUGUGUACCUGCAGUCCUUUUAUACCCGGUCAAAUCGCGGCUGGCAGAUUGAGAAGUCAUUGGAGAGGGCAUAAUAAAUAUGUUCCAAUAGUAAUUCUCAAAGAUGAGGUCCUUCCCUGGAUGAGAUCCGGUACAGAAAUUCUCUGGUGCCCUGUUUUGGCACCUGGAUCCAGAAACGCUGUCUUCUAGUAAAUCUGACGUAAAGAUAUGCAUCCAGUGUCCAGGAGAUGUGCAAAAUUUGUCAGAAGUGGCCCUUUAUUGUAAACAGACACCAGAGCUAAUGCUGCAAGGCCGCUGCUGCCUGAAUGGGAAGGGCACCAUCCUGGGGCUGGAUCUCCAGAACUGUUCUCUGAAGGACCCUGGUCCAGACUUUGCUCAGGCACAUACUGCUGUCAUCAUAGACCUGCAGGCAAACCCCUUCGAGGGCGACUGGGCCAACACCUUCCGUGGCUUUACCCAGCUCCAGACUCUGAUACUGCCACAAAGUGUCACCUGUCCAGGAGGUAUCAAUGCCUGGGAUGUUGUCACUUUUUAUAUAACCAACCAAACCUGCCAAGGACAACGAAACCUUUGCAACAGCACUGGGGACCCAGAAACGUGUCCUGAGAAUGGAUCUUGUGUCCCUGAUGGUCCUGGUCUCUUGCAGUGUGUUUGUGCUGAUGGCUUCCAUGGCUACAAGUGUAUGCGCCAGGGCUCAUUCUCACUGCUCAUGUUCUUCGGUAUUCUGGGAUCCACGACAUUAUCCAUUUCCAUCCUGCUUUGGGGGACUCAACGCCGAAAAGCCAAGGCUUCAUGAACCACACAGGUCUUCUUACUGACCUAAAGAUCAUCCCCAUCUUAGUCCAGCCAGGGGGAUUUGCUUCCUAGACAUCGUUGGUCAGCAAAGAUGACCAGAAGUCGUUGUUUGAAGGAAGAUGGACAUUUGCAUAACCUUAGUGUGUUGCAGACGCACCAGUCCAGGAGUGGACUAGUAUCAGUUCUCAUUUGUGCUGCUGACCAUAAUAAAUUUUUUCUUUUGCUUC